GGCUUCCGGCGGCGUGACCUGAGCGCGCUGGGCUGGCGGGGUGCCGGAGCAGGAAGGGUCUGCGCUGGCUGCCGGGACUGUAUUAGGAAUUUUGGAAGCACUGCCAACAUGUCUGAUGUUCAGGAAGCCACUAACCAACUCCUGGAUGUGAGCCUUCAUGAGCACCAGAAGUCUAUACCAGUUACAGGAAGUGGUCCCAGAAGUGAGUCUCAGCACCUCCAAGUCACUAUUGGAGCCACUGUGCCUACUGGUUUUGAGCAAACAGCUGCAGAUGAAGUGAGAGAGAAAUUGGGGUCAUCAUGCAAAAUCAGCAAAGACCGGGGCAAGAUAUAUUUUGACAUUUCAGUGGAAAGUCUGGCUCAGGUUCAUUGUCUGAGAUCAGUUGAUAACUUAUUUGUGGUCGUUAAGGAAUUUAAAGAUUACCCGUUCAAAGAAACAAAGGAAGAAGUUCUAAAGGAUUUUGAAGAAUUGGCUGGGAAGCUUCCAUGGUCAGACCCUUUAAAAGUAUGGAAAAUUAAUACCAGCUUCAAGAAAAAAAAAACAAAACGCAAAAAGAUAAAUCAGAAUUCAAGUAAAGAGAAGACUAAUAAUGGACAAGGAGACAAAACAGACGAGAGAGAUGAUAAAAAAGGAUUCAUUAACAAUACCUUAGAUUCCCAUAUCUUAGACUAUUAUGAAAAUCCAGCCAUCAAAGAAGAGGUCUCAACAUUAGUAGGUGAUGAUUUGGCAUCUUGUAAAGAUGAGAAGGAUGAAAGCUCAAAAGAAGAAACUCAACCUGAAUUGUUGAAGUUUAGGGUCACGUGCAACAGGGCAGGAGAGAAACACUGCUUUUCCUCAAAUGAGGCCGCAAGAGAUUUUGGAGGUGCUAUUCAAGAUUACUUUAAGUGGAAGGCUGACAUGACCAACUUUGAUGUGGAGGUUCUUUUGAACAUCCAUGAUAAAGAAAUUGUUGUGGGCAUUGCAUUGACAGAAGAGAGUCUCCACCGAAGAAAUAUUACACAUUUUGGACCUACAACUCUUAGAUCUACUCUUGCCUAUGGGAUGCUCAGGCUCUGUGCUCCUCAACCUACUGAUAUAAUAGUUGAUCCAAUGUGUGGAACAGGAGCAAUACCAAUAGAGGGGGCUACUGAAUGGUCUAACUGUUAUCAUAUUGCUGGUGAUAAUAAUCCGUUGGCUGUGAAUAGAGCAGCAAAUAACAUCUCAUCUUUAUUGACCAAGAGCCAAAUUAAAGAAGGCAAAGUGUCCUGGGGCUUGCCCAUAGAUGCUGUUCAGUGGGAUAUCUGCAAUCUGCCAUUGAGAACUGGCUCUGUGGACAUUAUUGUAACAGACAUGCCAUUUGGAAAAAGGAUGGGCUCCAAAAAGAGAAACUGGAACCUUUAUCCAGCUUGCCUACGGGAGAUGAGCCGUGUCUGUAGACCAGGGACAGGCCGAGCUGCACUACUUACUCAGGACAAGAAAUGCUUUGCCAAGGCAUUAUCUGGAAUGGGACAUGUUUGGCGGAAGGUACAUACUGUCUGGGUGAAUAUAGGGGGUCUUCAUGCAGCAGUUUAUCUUCUGAAACGUACACCUCAAGCUUUUAUUCAUCCUUCAGAACAAGAUGGGGAAAGAACUCCUUGGUGAUGCAAAUAAUGAAGACGGUUAAUGGUAUCUGUACCUCCCAACACAGGGAAUGUCAGCAUGAUGAACUUGGUUUAAGAGAAAAAUAGUGUUAAUAAAAUUGCAGCUUGCAGUUUAAA